AUGGCGACUAUCCAGCAGCCACCUGCUCAGCGUGCUGCAAUUCCGCGAUCCCGGUCAGCCCGGCUAGCGGAUCAAGCCGCGACCGCUGCGCUUUUUGUAACCCAUCCGGAACGACGACUGUCGGUGCGCGAACCAAGGGCAGGAACGGAUCUGUCCACCUUGAAAGCGACCGGGUCCCGUCCCGGCUUCAGUCAUGCUUCGGCAGUGGCUGCCCUAGCUCAUGCAAAGAAUAAGCAGCCCGAGAGUGGCCGAUCGUCCGCCGCCGCCAUUUACGUCCCGGAUUACACCCAGGAAACGCCCAGCCCGGAAGGUUACAAGGCUGCCAUCUCCGCCCUCCGAGACCACCGGUCGAUCGCAAGCCCUUCCGCCGGGGACUCCAAACAUGAUACCCCCUCGGCAGAUGGGCGACGGGAGAUUACUUCGAGAGAAAAGGCCAUCCGCGCUGCAUCUGGGGCUUUCUACAACAGUCGAAAGAGGGCUGAUUCUACUCCGUUGGAGACCCCCUACGCGAUGUCGGGUGCCAGAGACCCGUUCGAUGAGCUCGACAGCUCCAUGGAAGCCAGCCGGAUCCAGCACGUUGCCAACACCAACGCGCGCCUCUACACUGCGACUCCGCCCGUGGCCAUUGAAGUGGAGGAGCAGAACAGGAAGAAUGUGAUGAGAGCGGCUGCCAUAUCGAUGGCGCGGGAAAUGUACGGCAUCGCGGAAGAGGGGGGCCAGGCAGGUGCUGCCAUCCCCGCCGCUCAGAGGGGCCAUGCGCGGGCACGGUCCCAGCAAGCCGUCUCCAAAGCCAGCGCUGGCAUAUUGCAACGUGCCAUGAGUUUGCAGGAGGUCGCCCAAAAGCGCGCGGCCGAGAAAUUGGCCAGCAUGCAGGACGAGACGGCCGUGUAUCGAGAAUACUAUGGCAUCGGCAUUGAGCCCCAGGCGUCGCGCUCCGGCUUGCCGGCUCGUAGGCGGAGAGCGUCAUCGAUUGACUCCGACGAGUCCUUCGACGCAGAGCGGUCCCGAGAAAUCCGGCAUCAGAUGACCAGCUUGCGCACGAAGCUGGAUGCGGUCGAUGAGCAGAGGCAGAGAGACCGCACCAUGCUCAUGGAGGCUGCGAGAAAGAAUGUCGACGCGGCCAUCCAGGAUAUGGAGAGGCGGGCCUACGCCGAGACCGGUCGUGCAACGCCCUCCGUACGGAAGGAGUGGGAGGAGGCAGCCCUGGCGCGCGCCGAGAAGGACAUGCAGGACAUCGAUGCGCAUAUCGUCCACCCGGAUCGGGUCAAUCUGGGAGCCCAGAAGUUCGUGGAUAUGUCGGACGUCGAGGCACUGGCUCGUUCCAGACUCCAGCCAACUUUCGACGAAAUCCAUGAACGUGCCGAGGCACAACGGGCCAAAGAACUGGAACAACGGUUGGAUGAGGAGGAAAAACUACGCCAUGACGCCGUAGAGCGUCAGCGAGAGGCAGAUACACGGGCCGAGGAGAAGCGGCAGAGAGCGACCUUGAAGCAGAACAGCCAAGGCAAAGAGGAAAAGCACUGGCCAUGGAGGAAGAAGCUCAAACGAAAUGGAAACAAUGCAGCCGAAAGGCCUGUAGUCACCGGCGGUGCCACCGAAGAAAGAGACACCGAGCCCGUGGGCGAAGGACUUGCUGGCACCGUGACCCAAGAUACGGUCCAGACGGACACUGCGCCGGACAACGAACAGGCCGUGGCUUCAGGCGCUACCGCCGCCGCCGAACCGAAUGCCGUGCAGCCUGCUAUCUCUCGAUCAGAAUCCAAACUCAAGACCUGGAUCGGCAGAUUGAGUGGCCGUCGGUCUAGUGUCGCCGCCGCCGCCGCCGCCGCCGCUCCAAAAGAAGCAGAGGUUCAUCCCGAGCCCACCCCUAAUGCGACGGACGAGGGAAGCCCGACCUCGAUGGAUGAGUCGCGUGCUGCGCCCCUCCGGUCGAAUCCUGUAAGGGCCAGCGAUAUUGCGGGGGAGCCGAUACGCUCCACGGAUCAGGAUCAUCCUGCGGAGGCGCGAGCAGGCGAGGAGCAGGAAGCCUCCGGGGGCUUACAAGAGGCGAAGACCGACGGAGUCGAACCUCAGGGCCACGAGGCCCAGGGAGAACCGGUCCCAAUCGAACAUACUGCGGCCGACGAUUUGUACGACCGAAGCCCUGAGAGAGAUGGACUGCGAGACAGCGCGGCCGACCAGGGCCUGCCCGUUCCGCCUGCCAUUGGGAAGCGACUCAGCAAUGGCACCGGCCGCGAGUCGAGGUUUUCGGAAGAUCUGUGA